UGUCACGUGAUUGAGAGAGACGUAUGAAAGUCGGCACACGCACGCUGUCCUCUCAUAUUCAGUAAUUCUCUGCACGACCGUCAAGAUGUUGGUAGUAUAUAGUAAUUCACUGUAUAAAUUCAUCAGAUUUAGAUGACUGAAGCGGUAGACUGGUUUGGAUAUACAGAUAUCUACAAACUAGCCCAAGAGUUUUCUACUUACAUGGGUUACUUAUUGACUGAAUGACUUACUAAGGCAGGUAAAAAAAAACUCGCUAGGAUAAAAAAAAAUUUUCAUUAAUAUUUUUGAAUAUGAAUAUAUUAUUUAAAUCUUUUAGCAGAGUAGUUAUCUUUUAAAUGACUUCGAUAAUAGGAGAAAAAGAUUUAAAAUGGUAUCGUCACGGAAUUCGACUUGCAUAAUAAUUGAUUUAGACUCUGCUUUAUCAAAUUAAUUUAAAAUGAAAAUCAAAUGGUCGCGACUGUUUCACGACAAUUACACGUGUAACUUAAGUGUCUUUAAAAUGCAUGUACGAGCACAAUUUCGUCGUAGUAGCUCAGUGGUAACUAAACCAUUCAAUUAGUAACCGGGAGGUAUUGAGUUCGAGCCCCGCUUUUUGCCAUGGCCACGUCAAAACUAAGACGUAAACAUAGGUGUCAAAUGCUCCUUUGCAAAUUGUUCACAUUCAGAAGUGAAAUUCCACGGGUCUUUCGGAUAUGACCUUAAUUAAACAUGUUAUAAACGGGGGUCCCAUGUCGCGACAGGUAUUAGCACGUUAAAGUGCCCUCGCUGUUACGGCCCUGAGCGCUAAGCACAGGUCUAAAUUUGUGGUACUUUACAUAUGAGCGAGAAAUUAUCGACGGACGUUAAAGAACAAUCAAAUAAAUACUCGAAGACAUCGGGGUUAAAUAAAAUAUACAUUUCAAUGUCUGUGUAUGACAACAGAUAAAAUUAAAUAUAUAUCAUGCACAAGACUGAAACACAAUGUCGAGAGGGGUGGGUAGGGCAUUUAUACAUAUAUAUCGUACUAGUCAGUCGACAAGAACAUGUCACCUUGAACAAGAAGGAACAACGCAUAAAAUAAUCCAUAAAUUGAAUAGAUACAUAAAUUAUCAUUAUUCUAUUUCUUUGAGCACUAUCAGUCAGAUGAAUUUGUCUAGCAAUUUUGAACGUAAUAUAAAGGUCGAGUACAGUAUUGAGAUCGACAUUAUAAUGUCAAAGAUAACAUUAUUUCUUAAUCUAGUGUUAUCAAUUCGACGUCAAAUUUUGAGUAAACAUUUGAUUUCAAUGAAAUAAUUUUUUUUUUGGCAAAGAUUUUAGAAUUGUUCCUUAUUUAAAGGACACGAUUUGAGCUGAAAAUUUUCAAAUUUAAUUUUGUGUAUUUUUAAUGUUUAGAAUGCUUAACUAAGGUAUUUCUAAUAGUAAAGAAAAAUAUGUGAAUUUAAGUUGUCGAGGUACUUGGGAGAUACGGAGCUUACAAUUCUUUGAUACAUGCAUGUAAACAAGGCUCGUGGCAUGUUUUUGUUUUCAUAGGUUGAAUAUACUACUAUAAAUUUCGUUUAAAGCAGAUUUUUGUUUUCAAUUUACAAGUUAAUUCUGAACACAAUUAAAUAGUGUCUAGUGUUUGUUACAUCUCAUUUUGUUUUAAACAUGCUAUUAUUAAGCAAUCUAUAUGUAAACAAAAACGUGAAACGAGCCUUGUUUACAAAACAAAGAGUGCUGUAUCUCACUUGUAACUCAACAACUGAUAUCCAAAUUUUGGUUGACCAUUAGAAAUACUUUAGUUAAACAUUGUAAACAAUAAAAAUGGUAUAAAAUUUGAAAUUGUAUUUUUUUUUUUUUUUUUUUUUUUUUUUUAGCUCAGAUCGUCUCCAUGCUCCUUUAAAGCUAUCAAUUUGAUAUCAAAUACGUCGAAGUUUUAUAUAAUGAUUAAACAUUGAGUUUUUGAUAUACAUUUAUCCAUUAUACCCUUUUCACAUAAAGUUGUCAACAGUUACUUAUGUAUAGGAACAAUGGCAAAAUUCCUCUACAUUGUUUCAUCUAAAAUUCUUUAAAAAGCAAUCGUUUAGCAAUUCUCCCACAUGAUCAACGCCAUUAUAAAUAGUUAGUUCCAAACAAAUAUAGAUCUACAGCAGCGUAAACACUAGCUGGUAUCCUGUUGAUAAGUUUCUGUACUAAGAUAUGUUAAUUCUGUACACCAAAAUAGCAUCCAGCCACUACUUUAUUUCCUUGUGUAUUCGACACUCCCCAAUAUCUACUGUUCCAGGUUUCCGCAGUACGGUGAUUUGUAAGGCGCUUUUGAUACUUAUAGUACGGAUACUUUUUAUCACCAGUUUUUACGGCAAAACACGUACCGAUUAAUAUAAGUUCUGUAGUAUCUAUAUUUCUUGGUCUUCAGCUAUAUCCGUUUGGUUUUUCGUCGAAAAUUUUCCAAGUUGGUCCUCGUUAAUUUAUUGUAAUCACCAAUACAACAGUUGCCGCAAGAAUAACAGUAUACAUUUCAUGUUUGUAGACCGACGUUUUCUGUUGCUUACAUGUGAUGAAAUCUUUUUUUUUUUUUUUUUAGCUGGGCAGAAAUAUCGAUUUCAGUCUCGAUAAAGUCGAUCUUGAAAAAUAAUUUUAGUUUUUGAACAUACAUGAGGGCAUGAACUGCACCGCUUUGUGCUGGUGUUGUAGAGUGAGCCUUCCCCCAUAAUGAGCAUUCACCCGGAAGCCUGGCUCUAGAGUGAGCCUUCCCCCUGGGGGAAGGCUCACUCUAGAGCAGGAGAACCCCCCGGGAAGUCUCACUCUAGAGCCAGACUUCCCCGUGAGAAGACCUACUCUAUCACUAGUUGUAGAGUCAGACUUCCCCCCAUAGCAGGACUUCCCCUUCAUUUAUUCCUGGUAAACUGCUAUUACUUUAUGGAGAUUGUUUAGAUACCAAGACCUUUUUCAGCAGGGCAUUAAAUGAUUUUGCUUAAGGAGGUACUCUAUAUCGUCAUAAUGACUGACUUCCUUUUAAAACAUGGAUGAAAAUAUAAAUAUCAGCAAUAUUUGUCUAAUCAUUUAAAGAAUUCUCACCUAGUUGAGUAGUUCAGUAGGUUAGCACGUCAAGUGCAAUAAAAGAGAGAAAAAAAGCACGUCGACUGCUGAACUGUAGAUCGUGUGUUCGAGUCCAGCAUGGGUUUUAAAUUUUUCUCAGAUUGCUUUCUACUAAAACUGCAUUUUUUAACUAAAUAAAGUAAAUUUGAAAGUUUACAAUUUCAAAAUAUUGUUCAUAUCCUCCACUUUUCAUCCAUAUCAAAUUUCUCUGGUGUAGCAUACCUCCUUAUAAGUCGUUCUCUAAACUCAAGAGAAGAAAACGGUGAAUAAAACACAUUGGAAUUGAUAAGUCAUUUUGUUUGACUCAUAGACCUUGAACUUUGACCUAUGCCUUGGUUAGUUUUAGAAGUUUGAAAAAUGAAAUGAGGGAAUUUCGAAUUUAUAUUUCUUCUCAUCUGCGUACAAAUAUCGGUUAUGCUUUUAAACUUGUACAACUUCAGGUAGGUAGGUAGGUAGGUAGAUAUGUAGGUAGGUAGAGAGGUACUUAGGUAAUUCCCUGUCCGAUCAACUAAAAUUUAUUUCAUAGUUUGCGAGACUUCAAGAGGGUGUUAUGGCUCUAGAGUGAGUCUUCCCCCUGGGGGUAAGGUUUAUUCUAGAGGAAUUCUGCUGGGGGGGGGGGGGGGGGGGCUCACUCUAGAGCGAGACUACCGGGCGAAAGGCUCACUCUAGAGCCAGACUUCCGCGGGAAGGCUCACUCUAGAGCCAGACGCCUGUUGGUACCAUCCUUUUUCCCGACUUUGUCACCCCUCCGCCAGAUUGUGACAUUGUUGUUUCACAAAUGAAAAAAGAUAAACAUAUUGAAAAGAUUUGAAUAUAAUUCAACCUCUUUCAAAUUCUAUUACUUUAUUCUACCAGCUACCUUAAGAAAAGAUUUCAUGAACCUACCCAAUGAAUAAAAGGUAACCCCCCACCCCCAACCCCGAAAACAACAUUGUAAAAGAUGAACAAAAAAAUAAUUUCCCCCAAACAUAGCCUUUUUAAAUCGAACUUGCUUUUAAUCGAACUAGAUAUAUGAAUUUGAAUUUAGUUCUACACCUGGUACACUAUACAUUUAUGUAUCACAUCAAAUUUUAAAGCGAAAGAGUUCGGUGUGGAAAAAAGGUUUGUCGCAUUUGGGAUGAAUCUUUGUGAAAGUUCGUACAUUUACCGGUACCCUGCGGAUUAGUGUUGAAACUGAAGAGAUAUAGCGAGAGAAAAAGAUUGAAACAGAAUCAAUGUAAACUAGGGUGAAGUUUACGACCAAUAGAAAGAGGAAUCAACAUAUUUAUUUUAUAAUAUAUGAAAUAGCUAAAAGGCUAACACAGAAUUUAUGCUUGAAUGGAAUUAAAAGUCAUCUCAUUAUUAAUCUAAAUGUUAUGAUAUACAAGUAUUUAGUUUAGGAAUGAACUGCCAAAAGUCCUCCCUAUUUAGGAUUGGAGUGCUGCGGUCACUAAGUCUCUGUUAGUUAAAAAAUGAUAAAUCAAACGUUUAAACAUGAAUGCGUGACUAUGUAAAAGAGACAUCAAAAUUUCGCCCCGUUUACUUUACUGGGUGUUCCCCUAUUAUUUUCCCAGUCUGUUUUAUUUGCACAUUUUGAAAAUUUCAUAUUUCAAAAUUAACAAUUGAAAACGUAUAUACCAGCAUGAACGGAAUAUAUACAUUUCGUAAAGCAUCAUAAUUACGCUAAUUUUGCGCGGUAACAAAUACGACUAAACAGUGAAUUCACCUUACAGAUCCCAUUAAAAGUUAAAGACCCAACUUUAAGUUAACGCCCCCAAAUUUUACCUGUGUUGCGAUCAAUGAUAAGCCGCUGGUCAAUCAAACUUUUAACAAUAGAGCUUAGGUUGAUUGACGUUUGCAGAGACCAUGGUCUACAGCUACCUGAGAAAGAUGUUUUGAUAACAAUCACGGCUAAUGAUGACCAGCAGUCUUCAGAUCUCCAGGAAAGUCCCAGUAUACCCGAGUUUUGAUAGCAUUGACUCACACCUAGAAUAUUUUAAUUUCUAACGUCCCCUAUACAAUGCAAUUUAUCAUCGUAUUUUCUCUCUCCAUCUUUAUACAUGUAUUAUAGAUUAAACAAUCAGAAAUCAAACAAUAAUAAUAAAAAAAAACCAACAACAACAAAAAAAACAUAAGUAAUUGGAAUAUUUUCUAUUAAUGAUUUAUUAUGGCUUUAUAUUUAUAAAAACAUGAACAAUUCUUUAUUGGCGCAGCGCAUCAACAUGUAUAAUAGUUAUAUUGCCCAUGCGUAAAACUGUUACAGUAGUUUAAAAAAAAAUGCUUAUGUUUGAGAUACCACAUGGAUUAUAAAUUACACAAUCAGAAAUCAAACAAUAGUAAAAAAAGUAUAAAUAAGUUAUUGAGAUAUUUCUAUUUAUAAUUUAUCACGGCUUUACAUUUAAAGAGAGAGAGAGUUACUGAGAUAUUUCUAUUUAUAAUUUAUCGCGGCUUUAUAUUUAUAUAUAGAGAGAGAGUUAUUGAGAUAUUUCUAUUUAUAAUUUAUCCCGGUUUUAUAUAUAUAUAUAUAUAGAGAGAGAGAGAGAGAGAGAGAGAGAGAGAGAGAGAGAGAGAGAGAGAGAGAGAGUUAUUGAACUAUUUAUAAUUUACCACGGUUUUAUAUUUAUAAAGAGAGAGAGAGAGAGAGAGAGAGAGAGAGAAAGAGAGAGAGAGAGAGAGAGAGAGAGAGAGAGAGAGAGAGAGAGAGAGAGAAAUGUGUAAAACUGUAGCAAAAAUAUAGAUGAAAUAAUAUGGCAUGGCAAUAGUGUUGCAUACGUAUGACAAUAAUUACUCAUUUAGUCAAUGAUUGAGAGUAAGAGAGAGAGAGAGAGAAAGGGGGGGGGGUAGACUAGCUAUGUGUCAGCUUCUGUUUGGGAUACCAUCCUUACACAAACACUACCUCCACAGAAACCCUAAAGAGAGAGAGAGGAGGGGGUGUAGACUUCGUGUCAGCUUCUGUUUGAGAUGCCAUCGUUACACAAACACUACGUCCACAGAAACCAUAAAGAGAGAGAGGGGGGGGGGGGGGUAGACUUGUGUCAGCUUCUGUUUGGGAUACCACCAUUACGCAAACACUACAGCUAGAGAAACCCUAUAGACGGCCCAUAUUGAGGGGUAUCUUGAUCAUUCUUCAUUUGGUUGUACAUGUACACAGAUCUACUUGGAUUUAUUCAUUUUCUCGAAACAUGGAUAUUUUACCUACUACACCCACGACACCGCGAACUCCCAGGACACCAGGAUGUGCCCGGAAACGCCGGUUACAGGAUGGAUGACAUUCCCCGUGUAUCAGAAGUCUUGUACGUGGGUCUGUGUCAUGAGAUAGGGACACCGACAGAAGUGACCGUCAGAAGGGACGUGGAGGAUAUGAAGGAAAUGAUAAAGAAACCUGUAGAGAUAUAUAGAGGAGAUAGAUCGAUGUUAAGUGGUAGUUAUGGGGAGGGAUUCAGGUUUAAAUCAUCGGACAUGGACAUCAUGUACUGGCAUUGUCACCAUAAACUGAUAAGCGAUAUCUCACAGGCCAGACUUUACGAUAGAACAAAACACGACAUUAUUCUGAUGGAGGACAGUGAUACACCGCCUGGGUUUGUCAAACUACAGAUUCUGACAUGGCCACGAAAAGAAUGCAUUGCAUCAUCAGCUGUUCGAGUCAAUGAUAAAGUUUACAUGUCAAGUUUUCUACAUCAACAAAGAGCAGUUAAAGUAUAUAAAGAAAGCAAAAGUUACCAGAGAGUCACUAGUCACGGUCCUUCUGCUAACUCUUAUAUCGGAUCUACUGAAUAUGACCAUGUUCUUUGUAUUGCUGGUACACAUUGGCCUGAAUUGACGCUACCUUGGAUUGAAAGAUGUUUCCGGUAUACUUGGCCUCCUGAACCUGUGCUUGAAGAAAUCUUAAAAAAUGGAUAUCAUUGUGUGCCAGUGGGAAGUAAAAUUGAUUCUAGUGGUAUCAUAUUAGAGUGGAGAUUGUCGUUUUCUCAGGCAGAACAGAAACUCGUAUCUAGCAUGAAUCAUACACAAUUUCUGGUUUACGGACUUCUGAAAAUAUUUCUAAAGGAGAUACUCAACCAUGGCGUGGAGGAACCAUUACUGUGUUCUUAUUUCCUGAAAACCACCGUAUUCUGGAUGAUACAGGAGGGAUCUGUUGAGUGGCGCCCAAACAAUUUACUGAACUGUUUCUGGAAGUGUUUCAGAUACCUCAUUCACUGCGUUAAUCUUGGUGCGUUCCCGAAUUUUUUCAUUCCACAGAACAACAUGUUUAUUAACAAAGUUGUAGGUGCUGCUCGCACGGCCUUAUUGGAACGGCUUGAUCAUUACUACGAUAUGGGCGUGUCCUGUCUCCUACAAAAUCCAACCCUCAGAUCCAUCUUAGAACCAGCCCUCAGUAGUCUGACCUUCGUGAUUCCCUCUGCUGAAGGACACAUUAAAGCUGUUUUAGAUUUAGAUAGCACUGUGAGGAGGGAAAUAAUGUCAUACAGGUUUCUAACUACAGAUUUGUUACGAUGCCAUUUCAUUUUAUUGUCAACAAUAGAUAAACUAUCACGCUUAUCACUCUCACCAUACCAAACAUUAACAUUACAGUAUUGUACAGCUGAGAUACUCAUUUGCACGGCCUUCAUGAUGGUAAACAGCACUUCAAACAACACAUGUAAAAAUGUGUACAGGCUAGACAGAAUUGUCUGUAACAUGUUGAAACUGGCAUCAAGAGUAGGCCCUGUGUCCCAUUUACUGUAUCUCGCCUUGUAUUACUAUAGAACAGGUAGAUAUAACGAAGUACUCUGUGUGACUUAUCUCACUAAACAAAGACUAUCACAGCCCUAUAUCAUGUAUCACGGUGAUUAUGUAGACAGACAGAGAUACAGUGAGGCUGUAGGUAGUCUGUCUCUGUCUAGGAAAAUGAACACAGCCUGGGUAGAAAAUGUGACGUUGAUGUCUGAAAUCCAUUAUAUUGAUGAAUUAAUCUUAGAACAGGAAGUGAGUAAACAAAACGAUGACGGUAUUUUAAUCAUUUCCCCCUUUGUGUUGACAGACAUGCUAUUGGUGUUAUCUCACUACAGACUAGGUAACAGAUCCCAGUAUCUACAGUCACUGACAGACCUACAGACCCUGCUGCUCAAUGAUGUUUGCAGAUAUGUACAGUCACACUUAAGGGGUCUGUCCUGGCAGAUACUGGGGAUCUGUCAGCAUGUUGUGGGGGACUUACACGGGGCGUUACACUCUUAUCAAGAAUCACUCAGACAAGAACAAUUCCACAACAUAAAGACAGCUACAGAAAAGAGAAUAGUGUUUGUUGAACGUUAGUUACACAGAAAUAGGCAAUCAUAAAAGGAUGUAACCUACACAGAAAUCAGACAAUGCGUAUUUCACAGUUUGCGUUUCAUUGCGGCCAGAUCGUAGUUCUAUAAACAACCUUGUCUACACAUAUGACACAAUCUACAUUGAAAUCAGACCAUCAGCAGAUUGGGAUAUCAUUUCAUCUAUCAUCUCAUGUCAUGUUAAAACUUUUGUUCCCUCAUCCUGUAAAUUUCUUAAAUGUUGUCAAAUGGGUUGUUCAGUUGUGAAGCUGUUAUCAUUUUAAUAUUUCUGCACAUCUACAAAUAGUCUACUUUGUAUUUUCUUCGCAUUGAAUUCAAGAAAUGACAAUUUUAAAUGUUAACAAUUUUUUUCCAUGUGAAAAAUUCCAAUACAUUUGUAUAUAUCUUUUGGAAUUAAAUUUUUUAUGUAUAAUGUAAAUACAGUUGAUGAUAAGUGACAUGUCUUUAUGAAAUAUAAUUUGUUUUAUUCAAAUCAGUCGUCUCCCCAGAUGCAUGGUAUGGAGGAGAAAGCAUGCACAUUACGAACUGCACUUUUUGCACCAAGGAAAAAGAUGCAGAAAAGACUUAUUUACAUCGAUGUGAUCAACGUCAUUUUUGCAUAUGAUAUAAAAAUAAUGACUUUUAUGCUGAAGUACCAUUAUGAAAGUGAACAUGCCCUAGUAUAUGAAACAAGAGGCCACAUCGCUCACCUGAGUCACCUUGGCCCUGCCAUUGCUAAGCUUUUGUGAUAUUUAAAAGAUUUUUUAUCAAUCUUGAUUCCCAUGAAAAACUUUGAACCCAUAUUGUGGCCCAAAAAUAUGUAAGACCUACCUUGAAUAGUUCUGAAGAUAUUUAAUAACUUACGUUGUCUUAAAAGCAGGUCAAAUUUCAAAGUCACAAGGUCAAAGGUUAUAGUAUGAAAUUGAAUAGAUCAGAUUAUUAUUGAAAGUAGGUUCCAACUUCAAAGUCAAGGUCACAAUGUAAAACUGAACGAAACUAGGACCGUCCUUUCGGGACUAACCCCCCCCCCCCCCCCCCCCCCCCAGGCAUACUAUAUAAUGGAUAAAAACAGACUUCUUCAGAUGGUAUCUAGUAUAUUACUUUUUUUUAAUUAUUGAAAAUGUUGUUUUAAACAUCAAUGAAUCAAUCUAAUAUUAAGAUAUUUCCGGUGUUGCUCAAUAUAAACAAUAUACCAAUAAAAAGGAUUUUCAGAGAA